UUUCUUUAUCCUUUUCGAGCUGGAUUUGGGAUGAUUUCGCUCUGCAAACUGCAGUCUGACAGUCCAACACGCUAUCAAGACAGCUGUCUGUAAGCUUUCCUCAGCUCUCCAGAUUCCUAUUUUGCAGCCUUAGAGAUGGCGCCUUUAGCUUGAAAAUGAGUUAAAACAAAACUUUUCCCUAAGUGGUCGGGCUGCCGAGAGGGCAGCUCUGAAGCUGCUGGGGGUGCCGUAGCAUCCGAGCGGGAUGCCCUCGUCUCUCCGGGUCCGGCUCUGGGCUCAUGGAAAAGGGGGCGGAGAGGAGGCAGACGAGAAAGAGGCGGAGGUCACCCGCGCCCUCCAUCUCGCCCAGGCUGCGAGCGCCGCUGGGUGCUGAGGGAUCGGAGGAGCCGAGCGCGCCCGGCAGGUUCCGCGCUGGGGGAGCGCGCGGAGGGACGCGCGGCGAGACCCAGCCGGAGCCGGGGCCGGAGCCGAGCGCGGCGCCCGAGGAACCCGCGGCGGCGGCGGAGCGGAGCCGGGCGCGAUGGCGCACCGAGCGGCGCGCUCUGCUUCUCCGCCGAGAGCCCUGCCGGCGGCCCGCGAUGCCAAGAUGUCUGGACGGCAAGCCUGCACUGUUUUGAGAGGGAGAUGACUUGAGUGGCCGGCUUUUAUCUCCACAACAAUGUCCAUGAACAAUUCCAAACAGCCAGUGUCUCCUGCAGCUGGGCUCCUUUCAAAUACAACUUGCCAGACGGAAAACCGGCUCUCAGUGUUUUUUUCAAUAAUCUUCAUGACAGUGGGAAUCUUAUCAAACAGCCUUGCCAUUGCUAUUCUCAUGAAGGCAUAUCAGAGAUUUAGACAGAAGUCCAAGGCAUCGUUUCUGCUUUUGGCUAGUGCCCUGGUCAUCACAGACUUCUUUGGCCACCUCAUCAAUGGAGCUAUAGCAGUCUUUGUAUAUGCUUCUGAUAAAGAUUGGAUCCGCUUUGACCAAUCAAACAUCCUUUGCAGUAUUUUUGGUAUCUGCAUGGUGUUCUCUGGUCUGUGCCCACUUCUUCUAGGCAGUGUGAUGGCCAUUGAGCGAUGUAUCGGAGUCACCAAACCAAUAUUUCAUUCUACGAAAAUUACAUCCAAACAUGUGAAAAUGAUCCUGAGUGGCGUGUGCCUGUUUGCCAUUUUCGUAGCUUUACUGCCCAUCCUUGGGCAUCGCGACUAUAAAAUUCAAGCCUCGAGGACCUGGUGUUUCUACAACACAGAACACAUCAAAGACUGGGAAGAUAGGUUUUAUCUUCUACUUUUUUCUUUUCUGGGGCUCUUAGCCCUUGGUGUUUCCUUCUUGUGCAAUGCCAUCACAGGAAUUACACUUGUACGAGUUAAAUUUAAGAGUCAGCAGCACAGACAAGGCAGAUCUCAUCAUUUCGAAAUGGUCAUCCAGCUCCUGGCUAUAAUGUGUGUCUCCUGCAUUUGCUGGAGUCCAUUUCUGGUGACAAUGGCCAACAUUGGAAUAAACGGAAAUCAUUCUCUGGAGACCUGUGAAACCAUACUUUUUGCUCUCCGAAUGGCAACAUGGAAUCAAAUCUUAGAUCCCUGGGUCUAUAUUCUUCUACGGAAGGCUGUCCUUAAGAAUCUCUACAAGCUUGCCCGACGCUGUUGUGGAGUGCAUGUCAUCAGCUUGCAUGUUUGGGAGCUUAGCUCCAUUAAAAAUUCCUUAAAAGUUGCUGCUAUUUCUGAGUCACCAGUUGCAGAGAAAAUAAAUCAGCAAGCACCUAGUUUAAUAGGGUAGUAAGUCAGUGUAGAUCUAGGACAAAAUUUAAAAAGUUUUGGCAGUAUGUCAGUUAAUUUGAUACAUAUAUAAAGACUAACUGGAAAAUUCAGACCUCAGCAGGUAGUAUGGGGGCACUUUUGUUAGAUUUGGCUUUUGAAAUUUGUUAAAUUAACUGUUUAAUUGCACAUUUUCACUUGCUUUUGUCAACUGGACGUAAACACAAUGCAAUAAUGCGGUGGGAGUCAAAUUGAAAACAAUUUUGGGCUUAUCUGUGUUAGUCAUGCUUUUGAAGAAGUGACUCUGUUGAAGCCUAAAGCAUUUACUUGGCCUAUUUGCUAAAGAAUGUCUUAAUGCUACCUGCACAGUGAAAUGGCUGUUUGGGGGUCACUGCUCUGCAGCUGUUCUUUAUAGACUAGGCUCAAUGAAUUGGAGUGCCCUCAUCUUUUGAUCAGGCUUAUUUUACCCCUCAUUAUGUAGACUCAAUCAAUGUAUGUGUGGUCAUGCCACUUAGGACUCACUGUGGCUUGUUCUAAUGACCUCUGCAUACACCGGGUCUUGCUGUUGGGUUGCCUGAUCUUACAAGCCUGUUUAGAAUGAGCCCAUUCUCAUCAUAUUUGACAGAUAUGAUUGUUUGCAUUUAUUAUUAUGAAGGUCAAUUUUCGUUUGAAGGGUUUUUUUUAGUAGGUCAUAGAUUUGCACAGUUUUCAGAUAAUCCCCUUAUCCUCUGAAAAUUCUAGUGCAUUACGCACAAUAAGUAAUCUUUAGAGAAACAAAGGCUCUAUCUCAGCACACAUAGAGGCGACUUGCAGUUUCCAAGAAGCUCUACCAUGGAUAACGCAAACAAACAGAACUUAAACCCGGUGAUUGGUGUCAAGAACAUGGGCAAAGGUGUUUUACUUUGAGCCAUCAUUUCUGUGUCAGAGAACAAAAGAAAUGCAAUCUGUAUAUAAUAUUCAAAGACUAUCUGUAGCUAGUGUGUUUCUGCUUUCCACUUACACACAUACACACAUGAAGGCACACACAUACACAUCACACAUAUAUACACACUACAAAAGGACAUCAGAAAUUUCUGUUGAUAGUGGGUUCAUUAAAUCUGUAAAAUGGCAUCUUCUAAAGCCUGUGGUACCAGUGUCAAGGGGAGGACUGGCAAUUAGCCAGGCGUUUGGAGAUCGUUAUGACGGUUAACCAUGAAGGCAGGGGAUAAUCAUCUCUCCCCAAAUUUCCCAGUAAUACUUGAGACUUUUUCUUUUUUUGUUUGUAUAAUUCAACCCAAAGAAUUUUAUAAUCAUUCAAAGUGUCCUGGGUUCAUCAGAGCAUAGGGCGGGUAGUUCUGCUUUAUAAUAGGGAAAUGCAUUUCUAUGAAAGAGUUCAUUACCUUCAUUAACUGGGGUCCAUUUUAAAAUUAAUCUGCGAGAUUGCCUGAUUUCAGAUUCUCUAGGAAAUCUGUGCAGUUCAACUAGACUUAAGUUAUUAUGUUCACAAAUUUUUGCUUCUGACUUGUAAUUUACAUUGGAACUCUUUGCUAACUGUUGUGAAUUUUGGUAAAUUCUCAUGAAUAAAUUAGAAGAAAUUAAGCAAAUAGCCUCAUUGAAGAUUUAAAGGCAACCAUUUUUCCUGUGAAUUUAAAGAAGGGAAACACACAUACACACACUGGCUCGGGAUAUUCUUAAUUUAAGGCCAGUAAAUGAUUAAUCACACAAAUUUAGGUUGUUCUCAUAUGUAGAGCACACAGAAGAUGCUCGAUAAAUACUAGCCAAAUUGAAUUACAGUUAAGAAUUUCUUGGUGCAAAAUGAGCAUGGAAUUGCAAAGUUUUUGUGCAUUUUUAAUUUAAACUGACAAUUACGUAUUGGUUAUU